AUGAAGUGUGUUGUCACGAAGCUCAAGGAGGCAGGCAAGAGCGAAGACGAGAUCAAGGAGUUCCAGACCGGCGCCCAGGCCGCUGCAAAGACCAUUUUGGCCAACUUCAAGGACUACGAGACCUACACUGGCGAGUCUAUGAACCCCGAUGGAAUGAUUGUCCUCCUCAACUACCGCGAAGAUGGAAUCACCCCAUACUUCACCUUCUGGAAGCAUGGUCUCAAGGAGAUGAAAAUCUAG